AUUCAAGGUGUCCUUGUAUGGCGGUCUCUGUUGGAUAUAGCCCUAGACGAAAAAUGCUUGAUGCAGAUUCUCUUUUUGAGAGACUGCUUCGUGAGGCUGCCAACUUAGUUCCAAAAAUGAGUACUCCGAAACUAACGUACGCGCUUAAAGUAACUUCUUCGCUGCAGCAAAAAAUAACAGAUACAGUUGCAUCAAGGUAAUUCAAAUGUUUUCAGUAACUGGCCACAUAGAUUACCUCAGGAAAAGACUAAUGAACAGUUAAGCGAUUCCAGUCGACAGCAAAUUCAUUUGGAAAAUGUAUUAUCUCAAGGUGUACUCCAUGAAACAUCAUUAAUAACAUCAGAUUCUGACCAGCUAAUAACACAAAAGAAACUAAUGACAGUGGCUUAACAUCUGAAGUUUCUUCAAUCAGCUACCCAGCAGGAACAUUAUUUUCUCCUAUGAAUACAAUGACUGCUGUGAUGUCUACCGGUACUGGUAUGGGUGGGUGUGGCGCACUUUUGGUUCCUCUUGUGACUGGAAGUCAUGGUACGACUCUCUUAUCAUCUAAUAUGACUCCCGUUUCAUCCCAACUCUCUAUGGUACCUGACUCCUCUGUUUUGGUAAACACGAAUACCACCCCUAUGACAAGCACAUCAGUUAAUUUUAUCCCUUCUAGCAGUGGAUCUGUUUCCAAUACUAAUUCCUCAGUUCACAGCAGCAAUUCAAAAUUAGAUACCAAAAUCCCGACCUCCAGUUCAGAGCCAAAUGGUCAGUUACGGGUAAGUAUCUUUAUUUUAAAGAGUUAACUAGUGGCUUAGUUUUUCCAUUAUUGAUUUCUUUGUUUGUUACUCUGAACACUUAUGUGAUAUUUAAUCUUUUUUUCCCAAGGGUUCUAAGGAGGUUAUUGAAAUGAAACCAGAACCCCUUGACUGUUAUGGAAGAGUGACCACAGGUACAACAGAAGAUCUUAUGACUUCAGGAACUCAAAAUGAAAUGACAACAAUUAGUUUUCCCCAAUUAACUUCAAUCGCAUCUUUUGCCCAACCGUCUACUGCAAUGACUAUGAGCGGGUCUGUUUCUACGCCGUCAGUUCAAGCUUCACGACUUAGCGGAAUAACGACCACAAAUUCUUCAGAUGGAAACAACACUGCAUCAUCUGACGCUCCUCCGAAUUCAACUUCUAAAGGAUCUGCUGGUUCUGGACCUUAUCGUUGUAGAGAGUGUGAUAAGGAAUUUCGAAUAUUACGUUAUCUAGAAAAGCACAGACGUAUACACACUGGUGAGAAACCAUAUCAGUGUUGCUAUUGUGGUCGACAGUUCAACGACUGGCCAAAUAUGAAUAGACACAAACGGAUUCACACAGGUGAAAGACCUUAUCGUUGUACCGUAUGCACAAAGACAUUUUCACAACCUGCAGUUUACAAUGAACAUGUAAAGCGACAUACUGGUGAACGACCUUAUAUAUGCACAGUAUGCGCAAAAGGAUUCCCUCGAGCUGCUCGUCUUGCUGUUCAUAUGCGUGUGCACACAGGUGAACGACCUUAUCCAUGCACUUCUUGUGACAGAAGAUUCAGUCAACCUCAUCAUCUGGCUGCUCAUCUUCGCGUUCACAGCGGUGAUAGACCAUACUCUUGCCCAAAGUGUGAUGUAAGUUUCGCAUGCAUAUCCAACUUACGUCGUCAUCGGAAACAGGUACAUCCUACUAGUCCUGUUCCAUCUGAAAAUGCAAAUGGCAAUGACGUGAAAAGCGGUAAUGAAGAUAAAAAGCCAUCCCUUCAAAUUAUUACUUCUAGUGUUGCUGAUAAUAUUAGUUCUUCUUCUGUUGUUACUAUGGAAACACCAUCUUAUAUGGCUUCAUCAUCAACUUUGUCAGCUGAUACUCCAGUUGCCAUUGCUGCUGCUAUGUCAGGAACAGUGUUAACAGCGACUGGUGCUUUGGUUCCGGCAAAUUUCUUACCUGCAUCUUCAAUACCUGGCUUGAUAUUAACAUCAGCUGCACCUGGUGGUGCAUUAAUAGCUGCACCAGCACACUUAACCGAACAGCAUUCACAUCUUCAUCCCACUAUUAUUGCUCAUAACUCAGGUGAUGGAAAUACUACAGCUCUAUUGACAACAUCUUUAUCUGGUGGUCUUUGUUCUAUUGCUCAACCCUCUGCAUCAAUGUCAUCUUCAUCGACUGCAUUGGGUAUUCAGUCAGACACUCUUGUGAAAGCUAGUUCUUCUCCAACAAUGUCAUUUAUGUUUCCAACAGUUCUUACUUCAACUCCACAUGGUGAUGCACUUAGACAAACGUCAGUUGCUUUUCUUACACCAACAGGUGAAAUAGAUAGAUCAUGUACUGCAACUUUAGCUACUGCUGGACCAGAUGGGGGAUUUAUUUUAAAUCCUGUUGGUGGAGAUACUGUUUACUUGGAACCGUUGGAUCCCAGGUUAACUCUUGAGCCUGGUCAACAGUUCACACUCACGACAAUUCCAACCUCCCAUCCACAUGGUUCCGCAACUAUUAUUAAUCCGCAUCACUCAGCAGCACAAUUAAUGGGACAUCAGGUUCAUUUACAGUCGGGGCAAGCAACGCAUAUUGCUUUUGCUACAAAUCUACCGACUCAUGGUCAGCAGACGUCACAGCUACUAUCUCCUAAUUCCGCUAUAUUCUCAUCAAAUACAGCAUCGAAUCAGGCAGCACUUCAUAGUGGUCACUCUUCUACAACAGUUAUUUUCCCUCCUCCUGCUUCUGUCCCUCAUUCAAGUUUAACUAGUCAACAACAAUCCGUAUUACAGUCUCCUACCGAAGCAACUGCUCCUUCCCAGCUUUUACAUUAUCAUAGACCGGUGUGUACUACAGGCGUUUUACCAGGUCGUCCAUCAUCUACUCCUACGCAACAGCAGACAGCAAUGCUUGUACCAAUUGUUCACACUCCUCCUGUUAGUGGAACAUCCAGUCAACCGAUCUCCACAUCAGAAGCAAAUGAUUCUAUAAACUCAAAUCCCGUAACAUCAACUUGGCCUGUUAGUGGCACAUUUCUAACAUUUGCCUCUUCACAUCUUUGUCCUGUUGCCUCUUCCGCUGUCUUAGAAGAUCAUACAGAUUCUUGUAAUCUUGCAAACUCUCGUCCAUCCUCUGUCUUGUCUAAUUCAUCAUCUCUCGGUGCUAUCACAGCCGUAUCAGUACCAGAAACAAGCUUGUAACUUCCUCUCCCCUCUCUGACUUUCGUCAGCCACAGAAUCAUGUUCAUAAACUAAUUGCCCCAGUUUUCCUCUGUACUUUUUACUUGAGUUAUGAUGUUGUUUUCAUACUUUGGUACUUUUCUCUUCGUAGUCAAAGUUAAAACACGACAACCAUAACAUCAGAGAAGCUGCCUGCUUCAUUUAACUUAUGAUCAGCAUUGUUUAAGGGGAUCCUUCUUGUCAUCUGUGUGUUUGUGUUUGUUUGCUUCUUGACUUGUUUUUUGUUCCUUCUUACUUCGAUAAUCUCAUCCUAAUGUGUACAAAUUUUUCAUAUUGUCCAUGUAUGCUUACCUUUGUUUCACGUAAUUUAAUCGUAUCAUUACCAUUUAUUACUUUUAUUAUUGUUAAUAGUUAUAAUAUUACCGAUAGUAGUACUGGCAGAAGUAUUCUACAGCUUCUGCUAUUACUUUAUUAUGAACACUAUUAUUGUUAUUAUUAUUAUUUCGACCAGUUUAUCUGUUUGAGUUCCUCUUUAUUUUUUUUCUUAUCUCUGUAUGUACCAGUUGAUUAAUAUUUGUGAUCAUUUAAUUAAUGAUGACGAAAGGUGUUGUAUAUUUGACCUAUUUUAAUACCUCAUAAAUUAAAAUCACCAUCAUGACGAAUAAUAUUUAUAAUAUUAAUAUUAUUAUUUCUGACUUUGUUUUUUGUAUCCUAAUAUCUAAAUGAUUAUGACGACUGAUUUUUUCCUGUUUCCUUGUUUGUUUAUAUUUAUGGACAUGUUGAACCAUUGUGUUAUCUUUAUGACGUACAAAUAUAUAUAAAUAUAUAUAUAUUGAUUUUUGUGAUUUCAUCAUUACAAAAAAAUCAUGUUGCUUUUAGUGUACACACUAAACUAAUAAUAAUAAAUAAUAAUAUAUCCAUAUUUUGUUUUGUUUAUUUUUGUCGUUUAUUUUGACAGUUAUUUUCAUUUUUUUUUAUUAACUUUAUCGUUGUUGUCGUUGUAUGUUUUCUUUUUUCCCUCACUCACUCACUCAUUCCCUCCUACCCUUUCUCGCUCUCUCUCUAUUGUUUCAUUAAACGACAGAAAUAUAAUCAUGUGUAACUUCCAUACUCUUUCUCUUUUAUAUAUAUUUAUACUCAUAAACACUUACUUUUCUUACUCAAUGAACACGUGUACAGUCUGUUUUCUUUCUUUUUUUUUUCUCAAGAAACAUUUUCAUUGGGAAGGAUUACUGCAACAAUUGCAAUUACUAUUACAUAUUUUUUUUUGAUUUCUAUUGUUAGUUUCAUUAAAUGUUAUUUUAUAUUUGGAAAAUGUUAUUUUAUGUUUCGAUAUAUAUAUAUAUAUAUAUAUAU